CCCUGUGUUAUUCUCAGAGAAAACAGUUAUCUGAAAGCCAGUCUGGAUUCAUGGAGAAAAUGAACAAUGUGACGGAAUUCCUCCUGCUUGGCCUGACACAGAAUCCAGCUAUACAGAAACUCUUGUUUGCUCUGUUUACCCUCAUCUACUUUCUCACUGUGGCAGGCAACCUACUCAUCAUUGUGACAGUCGCCACUAGCAGAGCCUUAGGUUCCCCCAUGUAUUUUUUCCUGUCUUUCUUGUCCUUCAUAGACUGCUGCUGCUCUUCUACCAUGGCCCCCAAAAUGAUAUUUGACUUACUUGCUCAAAAGAAAACCAUCUCCUUCAGUGGAUGUAUGACUCAGCUCUUUGCAGAGCAUUUCUUUGGAGGAGUUGAGAUCCUCUUGCUCACAGUGAUGGCCUAUGACCGCUUUGUGGCCAUCUGCAAGCCCCUGCAAUACGCCAUCACAAUGAAUAGGCACGUGUGUGGCCUCCUGGUGGCCAUGGCCUGGGCCGGAGGAUUUCUUCAUGCUCUGAUUCAAAGUCUUUUUAUAGUCUGGUUGCCCUUCUGUGGCCCCAAUGUCAUUGACCAUUUCAUCUGUGACCUUUUCCCUCUGCUGAAACUCUCCUGCACUGACACUCACGUCUUUGGUCUUUUUGUUGCUGCCAACAGUGGGCUGAUGUGUAUGCUCAUCUUUUCUAUUCUUAUCAUCUCCUAUGUGCUUAUCCUUUGCUCUCUAAGAACACACAGCUCUGCAGAACAGCAGAAAGCUCUCUCCACUGGUGCCUCCCAUGUUACUGCAGUGGUCCUGUUAUUUGUACCCUGUAUAUUCGUGUACCUUCGGCCCACGAUCACCUUCCCUAUGGAUAAAGCAGAGGCUGUGUUUUAUACCAUGGUAACACCCAUGUUAAACCCCUUAAUCUACACCCUCAGAAACUCAGAGGUGAAAAAUGCCAUGAAGAAGCUCUGGAGCCAAAGAGUAACCUUGGGUAACAAUUUUUGUGAGCAGAGAAGAUAA